AAACUGUGAUAUGUGAAUAGAGACCAUUUUUGAAAAGAAUGGAGGAAAAAGCAGAAAGUCCUGAUACUGAUCAAGAAACAAAGGCAGGCAAACCCCAUUACUCUUAUUAUUCAUCUGAAUUUGGAGCUACACCACAGUCUUCUGGCAGGUCAUCAUCAGUUAGUGUUUCUUCGCCGGCAAGUAUUAGGGAGGAAAGUCUUAAAAAGCAAAUUUCGAAUAGCCAAGUGCAUCAGCAAGCCCCUAAAAAACCAAGCCCUAAGGGUCUACCAAACAGAAAGGGAGCCCGAGUCGGAUUUCGCUCCCAAAGCCUCAACAGAGAGCCAGUUCGGAAGGAUCCUGACCUUGUUACAAAACGGGUGCUUUCUGCCAGACUGCUAAAAAUCAAUGAGUUACAGAAUGAAGUAACUGAACUUCAGGUCAAGUUGGCCGAUCUGCUGAAAGAAAAUAAGACUUUGAAAAGGCUUCAGUAUAGACAAGAGAAAGCCCUGAAUAAGUUUGAAGAUACAGAAAAUCAAAUCUCACAGCUUAUUAUUCGUCAUAACAAUGAGAUUACAUCAUUGAAAGAACGCUUAAGAAAGUCUCAGGAGAAAGAGCGGGCCACUGAGAAAAGAGUGAAAGAUACAGAAGGUGAGCUAGUUAGGACAAAAUUUUCGUUAGAGAAACUGAAAAAGAUCUCUGAAGCUAGACACCUACCUGAACGAGAUGAUUUGGCAAAGAAACUAGUUUCGGCAGAGUUAAAGUUAGAUGACACUGAGAGAAGAAUUAAGGAACUAUCAAAAAACCUUGAGCUAAGUACUAACAGUUUCCAGCGACAGUUGCUUGCUGAAAGGAAAAGGGCAUAUGAAGCUCAUGAUGAAAAUAAAGUUCUUCAAAAGGAAGUACAACGACUCUAUCAUAAAUUGAAGGAAAAAGAGAGAGAACUGGAUAUUAAAAACAUAUAUUCUAAUCGUCUGCCAAAGUCCUCUCCAAAGAAGGAAAAAGAACUUGCAUCAAGAAAAAAUGCUGCCUGCCAGAGUGAUUUUGCAGAUCUGUGCACAAAAGGAGUACAAACCAUUGAGGACUUUGAGCUGGAAGACUUUUCUAUAACCCCACAAACAAUUAUGUGUUAUGAAAAUAAAUGGGAGGAUCCUGAACAUCUUCCUUUGGACCUUGCAUCUCAAAAGGAAGAUGAGCAUGAAGAAGUAGCACUUCUAAGCCCAACUGUGGAAAAAGAAGAAAAAUUCCUUAAAGAUCAAGGAUCCCUUAUUGUAAAACAGGAGGCUGAGAAGCUGAAGAAUGAAUGGGACAGAGAAGAACUUGAUAAAAGGCAAAAAGCAAUGACAUCUCUAUUGGAGAGGAAAGAAGCACCAGAGUUGGAACCCAGAAGGUACCAAAUGGAAAUGUACCAGGUUCAGAAUAUUGAUACUCUGGAAGAAGAGGAAGAAGAAAGAUUGAAGAGAGAAAUGCUACUGGCUAAACUGAAUGAAAUCAACAGAGAACUCCAAGAUUCUAGGAAUAUGAAAAGUCCUUCUCUUCCAUUGCUACCUGACUUAAAAUCAAAACUGUACUCUCCAGAGAGAGGCUCCAGACCAUCCAUGUUCUCUGAAUCCUCAGAGAAAUUUUUUAAUGGACAUCGUUUGCAAGAUAAUAGUUUUUUGACUCCAAAGGAAGAGGGUCAGAAUCCAGGAAAUGCUAGAAGCCCAGUCUCUCCACAAGGGUUUGCAUUUGGUAGCUAUGUGCCUUCAUUUGCCAAAACACCAGGGAAGUCAAAUCCAUUUAUCCCAAAGAGUAACCUUUUGGAUUUCCAAAGAAACAGUAUGGAAACCUCUAGUAAAGACAAUAUAGAUUUCAUUACAAGAAAGGAGAAGAAAGCUAGUCUGAUGGAACAGCUCUUUGGUGCAAGUGGCAGCAGCACCCUUUCCUCUAAAAGCAGUGACCUGAAUUCUCUAGCCGCAAGCAAAGGAGACUUUGACCCUUCGAGUUUUCUCCCUGGAGAGAAAAGCAGCAGAGUGAGAGACUAUGAUGAAGAUGAAGACUUUUUCUUCAGUGAAGGGAAAAAUUUGAAUCCAAAUAGACACCGAUUAAAACAUGCAAACAAACCAGCAGUAAAAGCAGUUGAUUCUAUAGAAGAUGAAAUUGAAGAAGUGGCACUGAGAUGACUGACUAGAGUAUACAUUUUUAAUUGUAAAUAUCAAAGUAUUUUUUUACUGUAUUUAUUAUAAGCAUUUAAGAUUUUAGAGAGUCGUACUUAAGAAAUUAUUUUUGAUAGCUAAAUGCAGUGCAGUUAGAAAGAAGUAAAUGACAUCUCUAUGCCACAGAGUUUGCCAAGAAUUAAGGAGACUAAUUUGAAUGAAAUCAAAACUAGAUAUACAUCUUACUUCUAUUUGACCUUAAAUGCAGCUUUAACUUCCUAAACCAAUUCUAUGGGGAAUCUUACUUCACUGGAAGUUAUAUUCAUUUCCUACUUUUAUCCUUACUUAUUUAUUUGUUAGUUUUUGAGCAUAUCCUCACUGAGCUAACUGCAGGAAUAAUAUUAAGGAUGAGAAACUUUGAAUUCGAAAGUAUAAAUCCCACAUGGUGGAGAACCAGUGCUACUUGGGAAACCUACCCUUUGAGUAAGUCAAGGGUCCCUGUCUGCCGUGGCAAAGCUGAGUUACUCUUCAGAGACAGCAGUGAUGAUAGCGAAAUUUCACACACUCUGGAAGUACCCACAAUUAAACAUGACUCAUUUUCCGAUCACCAUAUAUGGAAAUCACUUAGGUACAACUCUAUUAGCAUGUCGGUUUAAUUUCAGAAAACAUUUCUCUACAUGAGUAGUUCUCCUCUGUCUCCCCCUUAAAUUUCCUUCCUGUGUAAUCCCUCUUCUUUGUUCUUCUACACUCUUUGUAGCUCACUGACUGCAUGUAAGAUUUCAUACCACAUACAAGGAGUAGAAGAAAUUUUUGUCCUUAUAAAAAAUGUUUUGACUCAAAUUAUGUUUACAGAAUGAUAUUCACGUAAAACUUUUAGUGUGUACUUAACAAAAAGACUUGAACUUGGCCACAAACCAAGAAGACAGCAAUAGUAUAUCACUACUUGGCUUGUAAGAUUAAUUUUAAAGCAAACUGUGUAACGUUGUUUUAGAGAUGGAGCUUCUGCCUUGCUGUGUAGGGUACGUAGUUUUCUGUUGAAAUGCAUUGGUCUUCUUAUGGCUGUUUGUACUUCACUUCAGCUGCAAAGAAAUUGAUGACCUUGGAUUGUGCUGAGUGUGACUGACCUUUAAGAAGCAGUAAUACACCAUCAACCAAGGAGAAAACACUUUUAAAAUGAAGAGUGGCGAAAAUAGUCUGUGGGAAGAAUAAAAUUCUUAGAUUGGCACUUAUCCUACAGUGAACUGUUUUUUUCAAGAGUUUACUAUGUAAUUGUUCAUUGUGUGAUUUCUGAUGCCAAGCAUGCAUGCUCAUGAGGAAAAGGGUUACUGUUUAUUGAAUUCUUAUGAAUGCUUAUUGUUGAGUAUCAUUAUAUGGCUAUUUGAUAAGACUCACCUGGUAGGGUCUCUAAUUGAAAAAUGCACACUUUGUCAUCCUUCAAAUUGUGUUCCUGUCAUUUAUUGGGAACAUAUUCUUUAUAAAGUACUAAACUAUUGAAAUAAUUUUUUCCUAAAGAGAGUUUUAUAUGUGAAAUUAAGCACUUACUAUGCUAUAAAUCAUUCUAAUAUAUAUGAAACACUGUUAUUUGUAAUGCAGUCCUUGAUAAACUAUUAUGUAUUGUUACUUUUGUUUAUAGCUGCUAAUUUUUCUGCCAAAUGUAUUCUAGCUUUUGUUUUAUUUAAAAGUUUAAACAAAUUUUUUAGUAAAGUUUUAUAUAUUCAGGUAAUUUAAAUCAGUUUCUUGCUGCUUUUUAACCAAAACGGUCUUUUAACCAAAUGCGCCAAGAUGGAGUUAUUAAAACUAAAAUUAAGUUGUAGACUUAAAUGUAUUAUGGUGUUAAGCAUUACACUUGGAAAUUGAAAUGAAUAGAACAGAUUUUUCUUUACAAGCAAAGCUUAGAGGAUGGAUUUUUUUUUAAAUAUCAAGUUUCUUUGUACUUAAAACUCUUAAUUAAUAAAAGUUUAAAAAAUCAGUGUGACUAUUUGAAUGAUACCUUAGCUUGCUUAGUAAUUACAUGACAGAAAUGUUGGAACCUACAAGGUUCAUUUUUAUUCCAUUAUUCACCUUUGUUUUUUGUUGUCCAGUAUUUUUAGUUGAAGUACAUGAAUUUGCCUUAAAUCAGGUUACACAGCAUUUUAUUCCUCUUAAAUAAUCAGUUUUAAUUAACCCUUUCACCCUUAGCAACUAUGGUAAUGGCACAUGUUGCUUAUAUUUUUAAAAAGGCAAGAGCAGGCAGAAUUCAUUUGAAUUGUAAAAUAAACACAAACUUGUUUCA